AUGGAAGAGCAAAGCCAUCAAAACGGCGAUGACGAAGAAAGCGGCGGCGGCUGUAGCAGUACUACUACUAGUACAAGCAGCAACAACUGCAGGAUGAUGAACGGGGCGAAGAAGAAAGUGGCGAUGGCCGAUCUGAAGAAGAGCUUGGACCAACUUGACCGCCAUCUCGACAAAGCGCUUAUGUUCUCUGACGGAAGGCAGCGCAACUACCAGAAUAUUCACCGGAACAAAUCAGGAGCGGCGGCGGCGGCGGCGAAUGGCAUGGUCGGAAGAAGAAGAGAGGAAUGGGAGAUUGAUCCCCGGAAACUGGUGGUCAAGCAGCUCAUCGGCCGGGGAACGUACGCCGCCGUUCAUCUUGGAACUUACGACGGCCAAGACGUUGCAGUGAAAAUACUAGAAUAUUGGGGGGAAGAAGACAACAAUGAGGAGGUGGUGGUGGAGAGGAGAAGUGGUUUAGGGGAAAGAAAGAGAGCUCAGCUAAUGGCUAGGCUGAGACAAGAGGCCUCUCUUUGGCAUCAACUCCGCCAUCCAAACGUCUGCCAGUUUGUAGGAGCAGUGAUAUUAAACACAUCCGACACCAACAACCCGGUUUCCCGCCAAGCCGGCGGCAGUAGUAACCAGGAAUUGGUUUGCUGCGUGGUGGCCCGCUAUCACUCAGCCGGCACCCUGAAAUCGUACCUGGAAAAGCACCGCCGGAAGAAGCUCCGGCUGCGGAAAGUGGUCAAGCUCUCUCUACAACUCGGGAGAGGACUGGCUUACCUUCACUCCCGCAAGCUGAUCCACAGAGACAUUAAGCCGGAGAACGUGGUCCUCGAUGCCGACAACAAGGAGCUGAAGAUCAUCGAUUUCGGGGUGGCCAGGGCGGAGCCAAAGAACACCGGCGAGAUGGGCGGCCAGAUCGGGACCAUUGGCUACAUGGCGCCGGAGGUGUUCGCGAGCAAGCCCUACGACAGCAAGUGCGACGUUUACAGCUUCGGCAUUUGCCUGUGGGAGAUAUACUGCUGCGAGGCGCCCUUUGCCCACUUGGGAUUCUCUCAUCAAACUUCUCCGGUCGUCUACAAGAGCGUACGACCGGAGAUACCAGGAAACUGUCCGGAGGCACUGGCAGCGAUCAUGAAGCAAUGCUGGGAAGAAGAGCCAGCCAAGAGACCAGCCAUGGAGGACGCGGUCUCAAUGUUGGAAGCCAUCGUCGACCUACUCAACCUUGCGAAAACAGAAAACAGCCCUUUGUCCUUCCUCCCUGCACGCUGCUCGUGUCUCCGAUCUCACUUCAACUGCAACAACACCUAA